CAUUAAUUUUUAACAACAAUAGCUGGAUAAUAACUGAAAAAAAAUCCAAAAAUGGUUGAUGAAAUUAUCAAUCUUGUUCAGGAUGAUUAAGAAAAAUAAAAAUUGAUCACUUAAUUGCAACAGACUUAACAAUAAUAAGUAAAUUUACAAGUCUCAGAUGUAAAAAUGUAAUUCCAAUUAGUCACCAAAAGUUUUAAAAGCAUAAAUCGACAAAAAAGACCCUAGUUUUUUUUAGAAUAUAUUAACAGCCUUAAGAUGUUGGGAUAAAAAAUAAAAAUGA